CUCAGAGAGAUGUGUGACUAACCUCACAGAGUUUCUUUCUCAGGCUCAUGAUCUCGCUGAAGAAAAUGCCUCACACAUUUAUUUUAUUCUGUCUCGGUUUGUGGAGCUUAGUUGUUCCUGUGUGUUCUCGAGGUGUUGAGACGGAUGAAAUGAGGUCAACAGAGGUGAUGGAGGGAGAUUCGGUCACUCUUCACACUAAUGUUACUCAAAUACACACGGACGAUCUGAUUCUGUGGACAUUUGGACCUAAAGACACUCACAUAGCUAAAAUCCACCGAGCACAUGAUGAGAUCUUUCAUGAUAGUGUUGAUGGGAGAUUCAGAGACCGACUUCAGCUGGACAAUCAGACCGGAUCGCUGACCAUCACACACACCAGCACACCACACUCUGGACCGUACACAGUGGAGAUCGUCACCGGAAACAAGGUCUCAGUCAAGACGUUCAGUGUUACCGUCUAUGCUUCCCUGUCCAUUCCUGUGAUCAGCAGCUACUCUUCUGAAACACCAUCCAGGUGUGUGUUGCUGUGUUCGGUGAUGAACGUGACACAGGUGACCCUCUCGUGGUACAGAGGAGGCGGUUUACUGUCCUCCAUCAGCAUCCCUGAGCUCAACACCUCCAUCUCUCUCCAUCUGGAGCUGGACUAUGAGGAUAACAACACCUACAGCUGUGUGCUGCACAAUCCCCUCACACACCGCGCUCGACAUCUCAACGCUUCUCACUUCUGUCACACAAACUCCUGUAUUAACUAUGCCCACAGUUUUACUGAAGCUGUGAUCCGAUUGGUCCUCUCUGUCCUGGUGGGUGUGGCUACGGUUGCUGUACUGAUUUAUGAGAUCAGAUCUAGAAGAGUGUGAUUGGACAGGACAGCAGAUACAUCACAAAAGUCCUAUGAUUAGUUGUGUUACUCUUGUUAACAGGAGGUUUUUCUGACGUUUGAUGUCAUGUCUAAGAACAGGAAAAGUAUUUGUUUUCCAUUCGUUAUUAUAGCUUGUAUUGGUUUCCAUGGUUUAUUGAAUGUGUACAAUACUGUAUUUCUGAACAUUGCGCAAGUUAUCACACGGCUGAUUUGCACACAAGCUCUUCGUAAAUAUGUAACCCACUGAUUUGGCAUUGCAGCACAACAGCUUACUAAAUAAAUAUAGAUGUAUAGUUUUGUGUACAUUACUGUAUAUUAUUU